AUGGUCACCCCACAGCAGCUGCCCGCCGAGAGAAGAAAAAUAAAGUUUGUGUCCGAAAUCUUUUUCAGACCCAGCUCCCCCGUCCCCCAACCACCAGCCCCCAACCACCUACCCCUGUCCCCCAACCACCUACCCCCGUCCCCCAACCACCAGCCCCCGUCCCCCAACCACCAGCCCCCGUCCCCAACCACCUACCACCAGCACCCGUCCCCAACCACCUACCCCCGUCCCCCAACCACCUACCACCUACCCCCGUCCCCCAACCACCAGCCCCCGUCCCCCAACCACCUACCCCCGUCCCCCAACCACCAGCCCCCGUCCCCAACCACCUACCCCGUCCCCCGUCCCCCAACCACCUACCCCCAUCCCCCAACCACCUACCCCCGUCCCCCAACCACCUACCCCCAUCCCCCGAACAUCUACCCCCGUCCCCCAACCACCUACCCCCGUCCCCCAACCACGUACCCCCAACCACCUACCACCGUCCCCCCAACCACCUACCCCCGUCCCCCAACCACCUACCCCCAACCACCUACCCCCGUCCCCCAACCACCAGCCCACGUCCCCCAACCACCUACCCCCAUCCCCCAACCACCUACCCCAUCCCCCAACCACCUACCCCCAUCCCCCGAACACCUACCCCCGUCCCCCAACCACCUACCCCCGUCCCCCAACCACCUACCCCGACCCCCAACCACCUACCACCGUCCCCUAACCACCUACCCCCGACCCCCAACCUCCUACCCCCAACCCCCAACCACCUACCACCGUCCCCUAACCACCUACCCCCGAUCCCCGAACACCUACCCCCGUCCCCCAACCACCUACCCCCGGCCUCCAGCCCCGUCCCCCAACCACCUACCCGACGACCCUAUAGCACUACACUGA